UCUUAACUGUAACUUCGACUGUUCUUAAAAAUUUAUUAAAGCCAGCCACUACAGAUUAGGUAUUCCUUUGAUGUUUUAUUAAACUCGUUCAUUGAAAGAUCAUUAUAUCUUCCACACAAUCAUCUUCACUUGUAUUACUCUCAUAUAACAAUUAAUUUCAUUUACUUAUAAUAUUUACAUCGUUUUUCGACGCACCUUGUUAUUGGCGUGCUUUUAUCUAUUAUCAUCAUGGAUAAAAUAGAUAAGUUGUAUCAAAACUAUGAUAUUUUAGCUGAUUCUAAAAACAAACCAUCAGAACAUGAGGCCGAAUAUUUAGAAAUAAUUGAAUCGGUUAAAGGGAAAACAAAUGAAAAAAUGCUUGCCUGCCAAUUCAUUCCUCGAUUUCUUAAAGAAUUUCCGGAUCUAGCUUCAGCUGCUCUGGACGCUCAGCUAGAUUUAGUAGAGGAUGAAGAUGUUUCCAUUCGUAAGCAUGCUGUUAAACAUUUACCUGCCUUUUGUAAGGAAUCGAAAGCAUGUGUCGCAAAAAUUUCGGAUAUAUUAGCGCAAAUGUUGCAGACGGAAGAUUCAGCCGAAUUAGCAACUGUUCAAAACACAUUGAUGACCAUCAUGAAGGUUGAUCCUAAAGCCACUCUAGAUGGUAUUUUUGGCCAAAUUGGAAGCACAGAUGAGGAUGUUAUUCGGAAACGAGCUAUUCAAUUUUUGUGUACUAAGUUCAAAUUUAUCCCUCCGGAUAUAGCGACAAAAGAUGUUGAAGAUUUUGUUCUCGAAAAGUGCAAGAAAGUGUUCCCGGAACUGGGUGGUGAGGAUUUCUUAAAUCUUAUGCCUCUUUUGGCCAAUCUGAAAAUUGCUAAGUCAGUUCCAGUUCAACAAGCUCUCGUCAAUUUAAUUGCUGAUCAAGCAGAAAUGGAUGGUGAAAUUCAGGUAUCUCUAGAUUACAUAGCAGGUUUUUUACAGUGUGUCCGCUUGGCUCUUCCGUAUUUCUCACCAUUCGUGCACUCUACCCAAUUUGUUUCCUACAUUUGCUUGUCUGUGAUACCUAAGCUCGGAGAAAUUGAGCUUUUAGACAACGGGGCAGAGUUGAGCCUCGACAUCAUAAAGCUUUUAGCAGAAAUUUCCACUUUUGUUCACGAAGAUAAGCAAUUGAGUGAGUGUAUAGAUGCUGUUUAUAAAAUAGUAAUCGAAUAUGUUCCAUUGCCCCCACCCGCCGAUGCCGAAAAUGGCACUCAACCCGACGAGCCGAACUUGCAAUUCACUCACAUAGAAUGCUGGCUCUAUAUCUUUCUACAUUUAUUGAAGCACGUUCCAGAUUUUCUAGCUGGAGCCGACAACGUUCAACGGUCCCGUGAUCUCAAGACCCGCCUUCAGUUUUUAGCACGCAGCGUUCAGAGUGGCGUCAAGACUUUCCGAGAAGCCUUGGUCACAGUUAAAGGUAAAGAAGCUAAACCUGAGGAAACUAAAUUAAAAGCCAUUGCACUGCGGACCAUGAACAAUAUUAACUCUUUGAUCAAAGAUCUAUUUCGUACUCCACCUUCUUUCAAAACUGUUAUGACUCUCUCUUGGAAGCCAGUUUCUUCUACUUCUACGAGGACUUCAAUAGUUUCUCCGAGUGUUAAGCGGCCAUCCGAGGGUGAAAGUACUGACGAUAGGAAGCAAAUAAAGCGUGACGGCAAAGCUGGACGAGAGUUGUAUCACCCACCUAGCGGAAAAUACAGCACAAACCUAAACUCUUUCUCUCGGGCUCAGAGGGGCGGAUCUAAUUAUUACAGAGGUCGUGGCAGAAGAUUUUAUUAAAAAGAAACUGUUAUUUAGCAAACUUAAGUGUUUCCUUAGCAUUCUAAAAGUGGGUGGUCAUCUUUAUUUUUAAAACAAUUAUACCUAUGAAAUAUUUUGUGCUUAGUUUUCUUGUUUUGUACAAUGAUUUUGAUUGUUACAUUGCAUCAUUCGUUUUAUUUAGUAAGCAAAAUAUCUAGUAAAUGAUGUGUCGCAGAACUUUGUUACUGAUUUUUACUUCAUUUAAUAUUUGAUGGAGAUAAAAAAUAAAAAAAAUUGUAACAUAUUUAAUAAUUGAUAAUGUUUAUUAUUUCUUCAUUUAAUAGCCUGUAAAUUUUAAGUUUUUUUCUGUAUAAUUCUUUAUGUUCACUACACAUUAUAUAGAAGAUAAAGUUCUGUUUUGUUUGAUUGGAUUAAUUUACUGUUGCUUCAAGAGUUAUGUAAAAUUGUUGGCAUCAUCUCUAGGAAAUUUAGACAACGGCAUCAUCUAUUCGAACAUCAACUCUAAUGGAACUUUAAAAUGAACUGAAAACAUUUAUUUCAAGUUUAUGUGUGUAGAUUUAAUAGCCUGUGAAUUUAAUGUUUUUCAGUGUAUUCUUUAUGAUUACUACAUGUUAUAUUGAAGGAAAAGUUUUAUUUUCUUUGGCUGGACUGAUUUACUGUUUGCUUAAAGUUAUUAGGAUGUAAGUUUUGUAAAAUUAUUGGUAUCAUCUCCAGAACUUAGUUAUGGGAUUCAACUAUAUGCUAAUUUUCUAAUGGACCUUUAAAACUUGCUGGAAACAUUCAUUUCAAGUUUAUGUGUAGAUGAUUUAUCAGUUGCAUGAUACUUUGAUCUAACUUCUAAAACAAAUUGUGUGUAAAAUUUUCAAUAUCUUAUAAUGUUUAUUAUUUUGUCAUUUAAAAGCCUGUAAAUUUUAAUGUUUUUCAGUAUAUUCUUUGUGUUUACUACAUGUUAUAUGGACGAAAAAGUUUUAUUUUGUUUGGCUGGAUUGAUUUACUGUUGCUUCAAGUUAUUAGGAUGUAAAAGUUUUGUAAAAUUGUUGUUUUCGUCUCCUGGACUUAGUUGUGGAAUUCAACUUGAUGCAAAAUUUCUGAUGGACUUUUAAUAUGAAUUGGGAACAUUCAUUUCAAGUUUGUGUGUAGAUGAUUUGUCAUUUCAUGAUACUUUAAUCCAACUUCUAAAAUGAAUUUGGUAAGUUUUUGAUUUGGUCACAAGUAUUCCCAUUUCUUCUUUAAUCUAGUUUUUUAAUUUCUUCAAUGUUAUUUUCAUUCACAUUUAUUCUUGUUUUCUUUAUAUUUUACAUUAUCAGGUUUUGAACAAUUUUUUUUUCUGCCUAUCUUUCCUUUAGUUGCCAAACUUAGUGAAGGUGUGAUUCUAUUUCCAUUUAGUAUUUUAAAAAUUGAUAUUAAGCUUGGAAAAGCUAGAUUUUCUUAUCUUGUAAGUUUUCCAUUUCAACUUACAAGACAAUGUAAAAUUUACUGCGAACUGGACAUGACUUGUUUCUGGAUCUUUCAUUUGCAAGUUUUUCAUUCAUUAAUGAAAUUAUUGCUAUGACAAUGACAGGAUUCAACGUUAAUGCGGUUUUAUAGGUAUUGCUUCUUUUUUGCGUUAUCCCGAAACAUUUGUAAUUUGUUAAAAUAAAAAUUAGUUGUGAGCCCCUUUUUCUCGAAAAAUCGCUUCUUGAAAUAAUUCUUAUACUUUAAAAAAAUUUUCAAUUAUUUAUAAAUUUUAAAGUUUGUAUUUUAAGUAUUAGCCUAAGGUAUUAUAUCACAAGUAGAUCAUUUAUUUUAAAUAACAUCACUGCCACUGCAAAAAAAAAAACACAGCUAGAGAUUGCUUACGCUGAACAUAUUUCAUUUUUAGUCUUAUUCCAGAAUCCGCCAUUGUGCGAUGCAUCAGGUGUUUAGUACAUUUAAAAAAAAAUCUCAUCAAAAUUCUGUAUGGAGAGUUAUUGUGGUGUUAAUAGUUCUUUUAUUGAUUGUGUUCUUUUUAACAUAAAGGAAUUUUUUACCACCAAUUAUGUAGGCUUUAAUAGACAUUUGCCAUUUAGUUGUUGAAAGAUCUAUGGUGUAGAUUUUGUCCUUUCAUGAUCUACCAUAAUUGUCUUCUUUUCUUAAUCAUUGCUUUUUUGCCAGGUCUUCAAAAAAAAAAGGGGGGGGGAAUACCUCAAAGUUUGGAAUAGUAACUUUGUGUUGGGACUUAAUAUGAUUAGGUCACAAAUCCUUGCGGCCAAACUCAGUUUUUUUUACGGACAAUUUUGUGAGCUGCUCGUGAUUUAUUUGUUCCUUCAUUGUUCGUCUUUUGUUAAUUUGAUUUUUUUUUUCCCAAUUAGUUCUUUUUUUUUUCCUGAGAUCCUUUCUUUAAGCAGAAUUAGAGAUUAAAAGCUAACCAUAUUUAUAAUAAAACUACUUAACUCUACCAAUAAAUUUUUAGACUUAAUUAAAAUUUGCCAUUUUGGCUAAUCAUAAAUAUGAAUAAUAUAGUAUCAGUUUUUUAUAUUAUUAUUUAGUCUCGAUUUCCAAUAGUAGAUUUUGGUUCUACGGACCUGGAGGAAUUAUUUUCUUAUGGUGCAUGUUAUGAAUAUUCUAUAAAGUACCAGCUUUUGGAAUCUUAGUUUAUAAGAAUUCAGAUUUUACAAAGUACUCUAAUCUGCUGUAAGAUUUUGCCCUUUUCCAUUUUUGAUGAAGAAUUUCUCAAAAAGAAUUAGUGUUUGUAUAUUAGCAAUUGUUUGCUGUUUUCGUACUCAUUUAGAUUGCCACUAUUUAAAUAUUUCAGUAAAUUUUAGUUCGUAAAAUUUUUUUACAGUGACAUUUAUUUUACAUUAUUUUAAACUAGAUAACAUUUCCCAGUCAAAUACAGUGUGUUAAAUACAAGUUCUUAAAGAGCAGAUUGGUUCUACUAUAAGAAAAGGAAACAGGUUGAAAUGCAGUUUUCUAUGUUCAUUAGCUGAAGAGAGUGAAUAAAAAUAAAUCAAUAUUCUGUUUUGGACAAAUGGUCUGUGAAAUCACUCACUUUUGGAAAAAUCUCUUUGAUGUUAUAGAGAUUAAUUUUAUAAAUAAAAAUAGUUCCCAGUACUUAGCUUUAAAAAUUAUGUAAAUUACUAUCCUAAGAUAAAAUACCCAUUCAUAAAGAGGAAGUUAUUAAUUUCAUCAUGGUAAGUAUGAUUUUUAAUAUGUUUUUUUUUUCUAUAAAAUUUAUUUUUGAAAACUUCAAACAUUUAAUAUAAGUUGUAAUUAAUUGUUAACUUCUGUAAAAUCUUCCUAUUGCAAAGUACAAUUAUGUAAAUUUUUUGUACUAUUUUUUUUAUCACUGAAAGUAAAAUUACAUUUUUCGGAUUAUGGAUAAAUAUUCAUUCAUUUAAAUAUGGGAUGAAUUAAUUCACAUUUAAAUUAUUUUAACUUUGAACUAAUGGUUUUAGAAAGAAACUAAUGAUUAAGACAAAAUUAAAACGAUUUAGCAAAAGUAAGUUCUUGAAAAUACCCCAAAAAUAUGAUUAAGGUUACAAUGUAUUUUUCAUACAAGUGAAACCUGAAGUUGUCUAGUACUUUUUGAUGUUAACAAUAUUACACCACCUUUACAUACUUCCUGUUUUUGAAUUUAUCUGUAUUGCUAAGUUAUAUUUUCUGCUCUUACAUCUUAAUAGGGAUUUUCUUUUUAGCUUUCGGAUAUUUCAAACAUUCUUGGGUUCUAAACUAUUUUUUAACAGUUUUGUCCAAUAGUUUAUAGUAUUAAUUAAUAGUUUCAAUCACAGAAGUAUCAAAAAUUAAUUGGAAUGUAGACAUUCAAAAAAGAUAAGCUUUAUCAAAUUGAUAAAAUGGUUGCAUUUUUUCUUACGAGAUAUAUACUACUCCAUGAUUUGUUUAUCAAUAUAUUCCCUUUCUAUAUUUCAUUAUCCAAUUUUGAUAUAAAAGUUUUCUCUUUUUUUUUUUUUACAAGAUACUUUUUUGUUUAACAUUUUAAAUCCAACCCUGUUGAUGACUUAUUUUGGCAGUUCAUUUUGAUUGGACUUCUUUCGUAUUUGGAAAUUCCCUUCAAGUUCAUAUUUUGGUGUUAGAAUAUAGCCAUUUUUUGGGUUUUGAUUUUUAAAAUUUUUCAUAGUUAUUAUGUUCUGUUUUACUUAUAACGUUUAUAUAUGCCUAAUUCCUUCAUUUUUUUUUCCUUUGUAAAGAAUAUUAUUCUAGCUUAAAACCUGUGGUUAAAUUUAAUCAAUGUCACCUUUGUAAUACUUAGUAUUCAAAAUAAAUUUGAUUUUUUUGAGA